AACUAGUCUCAAAUCGAUCGUGAUCGCGCUCGAGCCGAACGGAAAAGAAACGGAUCGAAAAGAAAAGCGGCUCGAAACCUGUGCUAGUGUGAGUGAACGCGUCCGUGUGUGUCGUCGUGCUGUGCUGAUUGUGUAUGAGUGGUUGUGUUUGCUUCUGCCAGCUGCGGACGGAUGACGAGGAUGAGCGGAUGAGCGGAUGAUGUCGCCCCCAGAACCAGCAACUGCAAACUCGAAAAACUAGCAGAAUAUACUCGUAAAUUCCGCGCCAAGUGAAAUUGAAAGACGAAAAGAAAAGUGACAAACUCAACAGGUACAGGUCCACCGAAAACCAGUCGGAAGCUGCCACAGAAAAAGAAAAGAUCCAGGAGGAAUACAUAGACGCCAAACAUUAUGUAUCGGCCAAAUUUCUACGAGUCGACUUGCCUGCGCUGCAGCGAGACAGUCUAUCAGGUGGAUCGUGUGGGGCCACUAAAGGAUUUCACAUUCUUCCAUUCCGGUUGCUUCAAAUGCGUACACUGCGGCACAAAGCUGACGCUCAAGACGUAUUUCAAUAAUCAGCACAAGCAGGAUGACAAAGAGGUCUAUUGCAGUUCACAUGUACCAAAGAGCGGGCCCGGCCAUCUCGACCAGACCUCUGUGGGUAUUCGCCAGGCCCUGAAUGCGCCGCGCACCAACAAGUUCGUGAACGAGCAGAUCCGAGGCACGCGGAGCGAAGUGGAUGGUGGCCCACUGGGUGGCUCGCGGCAGUCCACGCCGAAUGGCUACGGUAGCCGGGAGAUCAGUUCUCCAUCGCAGAAUGACUCUGACUACAAGUACGGAAGAUUCGACGCCAGUGCCCUCCACAUCGCGCACGCCCUCAAACAAACGGAGAUACAAAAGGCUUACAACAAGGCGCGGGAGAAGCCGAUUGAUUUUUACCUGGCUCGCGAGGAGCAGGCUCAUCUGGAGAUGAAGCAUCGCAAGGAGGAGGAUGACCUAUACCGAAAGUUCGCCAGCAAGCGCGCCGAGGAGGAUCGCAAGAUCCAGGACGAGUUCCAAGAUGAGUGGGAGCGCGAGUUGCAGCGUCUAACCCACAAGUUCGAAAAGGAGCUGGCCACCUCACGUCGCAGCCGGGACGAGGCCAACAUCCUGACGAUGCGCCACGAGCAACAGAAGGAGGACCUCGAGAAGAACAUGACCCUGCGACGCAGCAAGAAGAAGGAGAGCAUCACCCGCAAGAUGCUGGAGCACGAGCGCUACGAGACCGCCGCCCUGGUGGAUCGCCAGUCCAGCGAGAUGCUGGAGCUAAUCAGCGCCCGCCGAUCGGAGUACAUGCAAAGCGAGAGCAUCUUCCUGGACGAUGAGUUCAGCGAGGGCGCCGUGCCCGUCGAGUAUCCGCUGAAUGCUCCGAUUCCAGCUCCGCCAGCGGUUAGCAAAUUUCAGAUCUACACCGAUCCCAUUGAGUUCGAGGACGUCGAUCGCAUCGCCAUCUCGGUGGCCCAGGAGGACCAAAAGACUUUCACAGACCUGGUACGCCAGCUGGUUGGACGCUGCACAACGGAUAUUGAAAAAGCCCGCACGAUUUUCCGCUGGAUCACGGUGAAGAACCUCAACGCCAUGCACUUCGAUGACGAUUUGCGUGGCGACACGCCCAUGGGUUUGUUGCGUGGCAUCAAGUACGGCACCGAGAGCUACCACGUCCUGUUCAAGCGACUGUGCAGCUACGCUGGUCUCCACUGUGUCGUCAUCAAGGGAUAUUCGAAAAGCGCCGGCUACCAGCCCGGUGUCAAGUUCCAGGACUCUCGAUUCCGCAACUCGUGGAAUGCGGUCUAUGUGGCCGGCGCCUGGCGCUUCGUUCAGUGCAACUGGGGUGCACGUCACCUGGUCAACGCUAAGGAGGCGCCCAAACAGGGUCGCGGCAAAAACGACAGUCUGCGUUACGAAUACGACGAUCACUACUUUCUCACGGAUCCUCGGGAGUUCAUAUACGAGUUCUAUCCGCUGCAGGAGGAAUGGCAGCUGCUAAAGCGUCCCAUAACCCUGCGCGAGUUCGAGAACCUGCCCUUCGUCCGUUCGCUAUUCUUCCGGUACGGCCUACAUUUUGCGGACGAAGGCUACGGUGCUGUGGUGUUCACUGAUGACACAGGAGCAGCCACCGUGCGCAUUGCCAUGCCCACGGACAUGCAGAGCUGCUUGAUCUUCCACUACAAUCUGAAGUUCUAUGAUAGCGACGAGGAGCUCUCCUAUGAUGGCGUCUCUCUGAAGCGAUUCGUGAUGCAGUCGGUGAUUGGAAACAUCGUUGCCUUCCGGGUGCAUGCCCCAUGCUCCGGUGCCUUCCUGCUGGACAUUUUUGCCAAUGCUGUCACGCCGCAGGAGUACCUAACCGGCGAGCCCAUGAAGUUCAAGUCGGUGUGCAAGUUUAAGAUUUGCUGCGAGGAGCUGCAGACGGUAAUGGUGCCACUGCCGGAUUGCGCCAGUGGCGAGUGGGGUCCGACGAAGGCCACCCGCCUAUUUGGACUCAUACCCAUCACGCAUCAGGAUCCUCUUAUCUUCGCCGGACGCAGCCUGGACCUGCAAUUUCGCAUGUCGCGUCCGCUGACAGAUUUUAUGGCCACGCUGCAUAAGAAUGGCAUCGAGGAGAAGAAGCUGGCCAAGUAUGUGACUCACAGCACGCUGGACGACAUUGUCACGUUCAUCAUUAAUUUCCCCGAGGAGGGUCAGUACGGUCUGGAUAUAUACACGCGUGAAUUGGGCGGACCACAGCACCAUCAUCACCACAACAAUAACAACUCCUCAUCCUCGUCCGGCGAGAAGCAUUUGUUGACGCACUGUUGUAAAUAUUUAAUCAACUCGUCCAAGCGGAAUUAAGUCGCUAGACCGAACGCUGGCAUGGAUGGCAUGGUUUUCUGGACAUGUGGGACAGGAGGCACUCUACGCAAACACAAACGAAAUGCAAUAUUAAUUAUAGUCUACACUUAAGUGGAAACCUAACAAACGUUUACCACAUCACAAAAUCCAUAAUACAGGUGCUAAUGGAAAACCCGGCGAUCCAGCAAUCUGGCCAAUGGCCAAUGCCAAUCACAACAUAAUCUGAUCAUGGCGACGAGCACUGAUGAUGAACUAUAAUUUUGCUCAAUCAUUUGAUUCAAAGGCGGCAGCACGCUGAACUUGUAAAUACUCUAGACUCUAAUCAUUAGACCUAAGAGAUGCCUAGUAAUACCAACCCUGAAAUCAGCUCUUAAUUAAUUUGUACAUCUACCGAAUAAUGCUUAAUAAUUUAUUACAUAAACGCAACGUUGCCCCUUAUGCAUGAACUUUAUCUUAUACAUAUGACUUUGAUUUAAAAUGUUUAAUGUUUUUGUUUAAGCGUUUACAAUGUGAAUAAAACCCUAUUAUACAAACAU